AUGGAAACAUUUCCGGCAAGUUCAGAGGUACCAAAACUGCGAAAGGAAGACCAAAAAGCACGGAACGCGCUCUUAGCCGAUAUCCAGCAGGGAACUCGCUUAAGAAAAGUGACACAAAUCAACGACCGCAGCGCACCACAGAUUGAAAAACCCAAAGGAACUAACAGAGAUGGAGGUAAUCCAGCCAUUAGUAAAGGCAGCUCUCAGCAGCCGCUGGGAGGCUUGUUUGCUGGUGGCUUUCCUGUUCUCAGACCAGCAGGCCAGAGGGACGUGCCGGGAACGGGUGCUGGGAAGCUGGUCACUCCUCCGCAGCCACCAGCAAGAUCACCAACAACUGAACUUACGAGCAAGUCUGGAGUCUCAGCCUGGGCUACAGCUCAUGACCCCUACCCACCACUUAAAAAUGGAAAUAUGCACAUCACUGAUGACUUCGAAUCUAAAUUUACUUUCCAUUCUGUGGAAGACUUCCCCCCGCCUGAUGAAUUCAAGCCAUUUCAGAAAAUAUAUCCCAGCAAGAUAGCUAGAGAUCCCUCUAAAAAUCCUCCGUUAAGAACACAUGUGAGAUGA